AUGUCGCACCUCACUGACAAGCUCAAGGCCGCCGUCAAGGGCCCCAUCAAGGAGGGCGACAGCCUGCCCAAGAACAUCCUGCUCAAGGAGUCCAACCCCGAGCAGGGCACCGUCGACCUCGCCGGCCAGACGGGCCGCAUCCUCGUCGUCGGCGUCCCCGGCGCCUUUACCCCUCCCUGCUCCAGCCACGUCCCCGGCUACGUCCAGCACGCCGACGCCUUCAACCAGAAGGGCGUCGAGGGCGUUUACGUCGUCGCCGUCAACGACGCCUUCACCACCCAGGCCUGGAAGGAGAAGCUCGGCGCCAGCUCGCCCCACGUCCACAUCCUCGCCGACGACACGGGUGCCUUCACCCACGCCGUUGGCCUCAACUUUGACGCUACCGGCCUGCUCGGCGGCCAGCGUUCGCAGCGAUACGCGCUGCUGGUCGAGGGCGGCAUCGUCAAGAAGGCCUUUGUCGAGAAGCACGCGCCCGACGUGUCGGUGACGUCGGCCGACAACGUGCUCAAGGCCAUCUGA